AUGGGGGAUGCUUCGGAUGAUAGUGAUACAGAAGCUCGUGAAGAAGAAGAACAGGAGGACGUUCACGUCCAAGAUGCGGUCAGUGAAAGUUCAGAUGAAGAAGGAGAUGAUGAUGACAAUGAAAAUCAGGAUGACAGAGACGACCCAAUUGCCGUUGACAGCAAGAGAUUCACAAUCCCUCCCAGUGACGAUGAUCUUAUGUACGAAACUGUCUACAAAUUUGUUGUCAAGAAUGAUAUCACGUUUGACGAUGCGUGUAACGCAAUAAGAGGCUUUACAAGAUUUAUUGAUGAUGGCGACUAUUUUGAGAUUCACACGUUUUUCGACGAAUUCUACCAUAUCUCAAGAAGCGAUGGAAAAAUCAGAAAAUGGGAUAUGUGGCUUGAUCUCAUUCAACUUUUACUUCAAGGUUUCAACACAUUCAAGCCUGAUCUAGUCAACACUGUAUGUCACGUGGCCAGCGUUGGCGAUGUCUUGCCUCAAAAUAUGCGAGACACUUGCGCUGACAGAAUCGAGUUCAUGGAGAUGUUUGUGUAUCUCAUCAAAAAUCUAGUUCUUCGCCUUGAAAGCAUUGUCAUAAAAAAGCGACUCUUUACUUUAACAGUCUUUGAUUCAGCCUAUGCUCAGUUUUUUCUUCCACAGGUACUUGAAAUGAUUGACUUCAUCUGUUGCCUAAACAUAUCGCGUGGAAAUGGCGAGGUUAUCGAGAACGCUAUUCAGUUUUUGUCGCGUCCACCACGGCUGAAUACGGAACUUCUCAAGUCUUUUUCGACUAUCGUCCUCAAAUUUGCCUCCCAUCCUCGCUAUGCCAAGAAAAAUGCGAAAGACGACCUGGAGAAGUUGUUUGCGCACAUGCGCCCCGUUUGUAUUGCAUUUGAUUAUGCCUGCUCAUUUGCUGAGGAUUUGGUCGACGCAAGUAUGAAGUAUAAUUAUCUGAAAGAUGCCCGCGCCGAUUACCCCUUUGUUGACGUUCUAGAAAAGGUGGCCGGCCAUGGAAGAACGCACGAACAAAUGCUGUCUGUGAUGUUGAUGCGCAUGUGGAGAUUAGUCCCAUUUGAGGCGGCUGGAACGUUGCAGAGGCCAUAUGUAGCGCUAGUGCAAAAGCUAUCGCAUCGUGCUCCUGAAGUUUUUCUGGAUCACUGUGCACAGGCAGCUCGUGCUCUCGACUAUGAUCCACCUGCUCUACGUACGGCAAUUCUAGAAGCAUUUUGUCAGAAUAUAUGCAAUAACGAACUUCUUGCCCCCAAGUAUGUGCGCCCUGGGACGAAUAUCUAUAGUAGCUAUGUCAUUAUGACUGACUGCCUUUUGGAUUUUUUGGCAGAUGUGAACCCCCAAGUACGUAUGAACGUACUCACCUUUUGGGUACAAAUCGCUAAUGCACGUCGCGUCCCUUUCGACUCGCUCAAAAAGGGGCUGUUUUUUGCUAUAACUGAAAGACUGAAAUCGGAGAAGUCAGCAGCUGCUCGUAAGCUGGCUAUGCAGUUUCUUGUAUUGUAUCUCCUGCUUGGUCCAUAUGGUAAAGAGUUGAACUUCGAUGAACUAAGUCAGGCAUGCUCAAACUUGGCCAACUUCAUCAAACGCAUUGAAGUACUUGAUCCAGAACGACCUGGCGUGCAGGUGAUCAUGGAGAGGUUCAACUCAUUUGCGGUUCGUAUGAAGGAAAUACUGACGCGUGUGAUAGAAACGAAAAAGUAUGAAGAAAAUACUGAGGACCUGGUUGACAAACCACUUGAGGACAUUAUCGUCGUUAUGGUCGAUAUGAUAGAAUUAUCUAUGGAGUAUGUGCUGUGCAUCCUGGCAAAAAUGUGCUUUCUUGGAAAAUUCAAAAAAAUUGACCCGAAUCUUCCUACAAAGGAGCUUGUUGAAGCAUUGCUAAAUGAAUUCCGUCGUUACUAUAUCACCAUGCAUAUGGGCUACAUAGGCGACUCUCUUGGACAAAGUCGUCUAGAGGAAAUGGGAACUUUUUAUGAAGAAAAUAUGGAUCGCGCUGAGCGUGCUGUUAAUGUUGUGCAGGAGAAGAUGCUAUUUGCUGAACAGAUGACGUUGCUGUUUUCUCAUAUCUAUGAAGCGUUGGAACAAAAUGGUUUUACAGACGUUAGUUAUGCAGUUACUCUCUUUGCUACUUGUUAUAGAUUCAGAAUUAGAAAAUCCGCAUCUGCCUUAUAUCGCAUGUAUAUGUCAGGUAAUAAGAAUGCAGCCACAGAAGGAGAUCGUAUCGCAAUAGAGGAACUCAUUUAUCAUGCCUUUGUCAGCGCUCCUUUUCCUCCAGGGCUUGUAACUCAUCUGAUUAAUAUUGUCUGUAAAGUCUCUUCUCCCUACAGAUGCCCUGCCCUUACAGUUCUUGCACUGCUGACACGGGUGGAUCCAUACGGGAUGCGAAAACAUUUUCGAGUUUUCCAUAAAUGUGUGAGAUCUGAAGAUGUGCGCGAAGCUUGUGAUGCUCUGCUAGUAAUAUCUCAUCUGAUCCCUCCUUCGGAGGAAGAUCCUGCAAAGGAGGAGGAAAAUUAUGCGUAUCGUCUGCGGGCUACUGAUUCGUUGUUUGCAGAUAUCGAGCGCCUCUUCUUCCAAAUGUUUUUGUCUGAUUAUAAGGAGCAGUUACCAGAUGGAACAUCGGUAUCGGAUUAUUGGUAUAGAUGUGCCCGUAACUGUAUCAAGGUGAUAUUUUCAAUGGCUGCAGAUGUGGAUUUUGUGAUUUCGCGAAUUCUCACCAAGUGUUUAUGGUAUGCUAAGCGGAGCAGUGAUGCCUUUAUCGCGCACGUCAAUCUUGAACGUGCAGGAAAGGUGCCAGCGAAUAUUAAUCAGGAUUGGGUUAAUCAGAGAAGGGAAUGUUUAAACAGCGCUUGGCAAAGGACAACAGAGCGUGCCUUAAUGGUUGUCGCAGAGGUAGUUGAGGGAAUGCUCCUUUAUAUUGACAACAGUUUCCCGAAAUUGCUCAAACGUGCCAUGGAACUUGACGAUGCAGCUGCUGAACAACUGGAAGAGGCAACGGAGCCUUACGCUGACUACGCCAGAGCGCAUACCGAUCUCGAGAUGGACUUUGCCUAUCGAGAGGGGAUAUUCGCUAGGACUAUCGCACCUGCGAAGACAAAAUCAUCUGAGUCCCAGCAUUCUGAGAAAAAUGGGGAAAAAGCUGAUAUAGAAUCGCAGCCAUCGGAGCCAUCAUUAGAAACAGCGGAAGAAAGUAACGAGGAUGACGAAGAUGAUGAAUCGAAUCGUCCUUCUACCGAUGAAUUGAUUCGUACUCGUACCAUGGAUCUACUGGAAACGAAACUGCUGCAGAAAGAUCACAUCUUGGGCAGGUGCUUGGCGAUGGUUGUGUAUUUCGUCCGCUGCCCGAAUAAUCCAAAACCUAUCACCGACGCUGCAUUGAGGGCAUUUAGCAAAUUCUUAUUGAUCUGUCCGCAGUUUACGGAGAGAGCUAGUUCGCUGUUCCUUACGUUCACAUGCUGCCAUCCUGAUGCAGAUAUGAGAGAAUACCUUCUUGUUUCUGCCGUCGACAUCAUGCAGCGUUUUCCCUCCAUGUUGGAUCGACAUGCCUUAUUUCUAUUUGAAAUGCCUGUCGAUCAGGAUCCGAGUGUAGAGAUUACUUCUCUGCUCUACUUGACUAAGAUGCUUACACGUGAUAUUCUUAAACCGAGAGGUACAUUGUCAAAUGUUGCGCUUUGUAUGCUCAAGAGGAGUGCAUCAACUGACGGCGGAGCGUCGCAAUCUCGUAAUGCCAAUCGCGAGGUCAUGGCUCUUGCUGUGAAACUCUUUUAUGAGAUUUCAUUGAAGGGCAAUCUUUUGGUGAAUGUUAUGCCUGACCUGAUAUGUCGAGUGUGCCGUUUUGAGAAGAAAGUUUCUUUGAACGAUUUUAAAUUCAUUGUCAGAAAGCUUCUGCGUCUAAUCGCAGAUAAGCCAUUGGAUAUAGUUGUGGAGAAGAUGUGCCAGAGGUUUGAAUUCUGCAAUAGUGCCGAGGCUACUGCCAACAAUAAGCACAUAUCUCACUAUUUCUCAUAUUUCAUUUCACAAAUGCGGGAUUCAUUAGCUUAUUUUGCCCCUUUUUUGGAGGAUUUAGUAGUUUAUAAUGAUCUCAUUGCACCUGUGAAUUACCUCAUGUCGUCCACACAGUCUGUGGAUGUGAAGCAUGACGUUCAAGGAUUUUUGCGUAAAGUAGACUUUUUGCACGUCAAGUCUUCUCUUACUGAGGAGGAGAGGGAUAGAAUGAGCAAAGCUGUUGGACCAAUCAAUCUUGAUGUGCCUGUUAAACUAGACAAGGAUGGAAAUCCUAUCACUUUCUCAUUCGCUGACUGCGAUGAGCCCGUUGAGUACGACGACAACUGA